AUGGACCAACAGCCUUCCAAGUAUCCUUACGACCCGUCUCUCGCUGCAGCAGUGACCUUUGCCGUGCUGUUCGGUAUUAGUGGUGUGAUUCAUUCCAUUCAGCUCAAGCGGGCGAAGACUUGGUACUGGAUCGCCUUUUUCAUCGGUGUCAACUUUGAAAGCAUUGGAUAUGGGAGUCGAGCAAUGAACGCAUCCGAAACACCGAAUUAUUCACAGGUCCCGUUCAUCAUCCAGACUCUUCUACCGUUGCUUGCCCCGGCACUGUACGCAGCCUCGAUCUACAUGCUCCUAGGUCGCAUUAUCGACUCAUUGGAAGCGGGCCAUCUAUCAAUUAUUCCCGUCGGAUGGAUGACAAAGAUCUUUGUGUUCGGAGACGUAUUCUCGUUCGCCUUCCAGUGCAUUGGCGGAGCUAUCCUCUCCGGUGCAAGUGACAAAGACGGACUCGACCGCGGCCAAAACAUCAUCCUCGUAGGUCUCGGCAUUCAAAUCCUCUUCUUCGCAGCCUUUAUCGUCACCAUCUCCGUCUUCCACUAUCGAAUCAUUAACCACCCGACGACAACGAGCAUGAACGGGCGGCGACCGUGGAGGCAGUUCAUCAUGGUCCUCUACGCUACCUCGUUCCUUAUUCUGGUGCGGUCGAUUUUCCGAGUGGCUGAGUUUGCUGAGGGACGGGACGGCGUGCUUCAGACUACAGAGGUGUAUUUGUAUUGUCUCGACACAUCGCUCAUGUUCCUCUGCGCUGCAGCAUUCAAUGUGUGGUUUCCGGGUCGUAUUGUUUCGCCUAUUACUUUUAAGGAUGAGGAGAGGUUUCCUCUUGGGGCUGUAUCGAACCAGGAGGAUGAUGGGGCGUUUAGGGUUCGAAGGUAG